GUAGUAGGUCAGUAUUGUGUAAACCAAUGAUAAAUUAGUGUUGAUAAUAUUGUGCAAAUGUUUGUUAUUUGAUUUGUAGAUUUUUGUCAACGACGACAUUAUUUUCAGGGGAAUAAUAAUUUGAAUAUUUUACUUUUUUUUUUCUUUCAAACGCCACACCCUAAAGACCACUAUAUAUACACAUGCUUGGAAUUCUCGAUCUCGUAGCAAAGACACACAAACACAUUCAUUAAACAAGAAUUACUACUAUAAUACAAAAGAUGCAGUUCACGAUAAUUGUAGUAAUCUUGUUCUUUAUCGUUCCCUUGGCAUUGGCUGAUCUAAGGGUUGGUUUCUAUAGUUCAAGCUGCCCAAAAGCAGAAGCCAUUGUACGAAAAGUUGUUCAAAGGAACUACUUGUACAUUGAUAGAUCCAUCGCCGGAGGCUUGCUUCGCUUGCACUUUCAUGAUUGUUUCGUUCGAGGUUGCGAUGCCUCCAUAUUAAUAGACCCAACAGAGGACAACGAAUCUGAGAAAGAUGCAGAAGCUAACGAAACCGUUAGGGGUUUCGAGAUCAUCGACAAGGCCAAGAAGAAGCUAGAAAAAGUGUGCCCUUCAACAGUUUCGUGUGCAGACAUCAUUGCGCUGGCAGCAAGAGACGCCGUCUCCAUCACCGGAGGUCCAUGGUACGCCGUUCCCACCGGCCGACGCGACGGGUUUGUCUCGAAUCCUUCAAACGCAGAGAUCCUUCCAGGACCAAGUUCAACAGUGUCACAUGCCCUUCAAAUCUUUACAUCAAAGGGCAUGACACUUGGCGAAAUGGUAACCCUUAUGGGAGCACACACCAUUGGUUAUGCUCAUUGUGGUUUCUUCAGGAAAAGGCUUGAAGGUAGAGACUCAACAAUGGAUCCUUCUCUGAACGAGAAGCUUGUGAGGCUUUGUGGGAAUAGUAGUAGUAAUAAUAACAACCCUACGACGUUUUUGGAUCAGAACACUUCUUUUGUAUUUGACAAUCAAUUCUAUGAAGAGAUCGUUAACAAGAGAGGGGUGCUUUUCAUUGACCAGCAGUUGGCUCUGGAUUCUUCGACUAAAGGGUUGGUCUCCAAGUUCGCCACAGAUGCUGAGAGCUUUCGACGAAGCUUUGUGAAUGCCAUUGUCAAGAUGGGAAGCAUUGGUGUUUUGGUUGGAGAUGAUGGCGAGAUUAGAACUCGUUGCUGGGAUUACAAUAAUAAUAAUAGUGAUCCUUAGAUUGUGACUUUUUUUAGAUUUGUUUUUCAUGCUCACUCUCAUGGAAAAAUAUACAUAUUAUGAACUGUGAUAAUUAUUAGCUAUCCUACCUGAUGGUAACGUCGAAAGAAAAACGAUAUAUAUAACUUA